UCUGUCAGAUUUUCUUUUUCUUUUUCAAAAAAGAAGGAAAAAAAUCUAAUCUUACAUUCAUAUUUAUUUAAGGUUUGGAUGCCAUUUUCUUUUGUUUGUUAAUGUUUUGCUCCACACUGUUCCCUCAUCACUUCUCUGAUUGCAACCUGUAAAGAUUCUAGAGAUCUUGCAGGCCCUCCCUCUCUCUCUUUAAAUAAACUCCAGUCGGUGUGUCUUUUGCGUUCAGUAGCUUUUGAAAACUUUUGUUUCUCUCUGGACUGUUUUGUUUUUUUUUUUUUGGGAGGGGAAACCCUUUUCUCCCCGAAAACACCACCUGGGUCUAUUUCUCCUGGGAGCUUGACAUUUUAUCCUUUUCUCCAUGAAAUUCCUCCUGGGUUCUUGUUGUUUUCUGUGCUUCUGUUCAUUUCAAAUUUUACAUUGAGAGAAAAUGUAUUUUCCUCGGUUUUUCUUUAGGAUUAUCUUGAGUCUGAAAAAAAAACCUUUUCUUCCAUUUUUGUAGUCUGUAAUUGCAACUUCCAUAGAAACAGUGAAGAUGGGCAAAGCUGCAAGAUGGUUAAAGGGCUUGUUAGGUAUGAAAAAAGAGAAAGAGAGAGAGAAAGCGACAGGGCGGUACCACGUGGAUAAUUCGAAUGCAGUUAAUUCAGACAAGAAAAGAUGGAGUUUUGGCGUCAAAUCCGGAAGAGACAAUAGCGUCAGUCCCCGGAUUCCGGCAAAUAUUCCGGUGAAUGACUCGUCUUGGCUCAGAUCUUACCUGGCUGAGUCGGAGAAUGAGCAGAGCAAGCACGCAAUUGCAGUAGCCGCAGCUACAGCGGCAGCGGCUGAUGCGGCAGUUGCUGCUGCUCAGGCUGCGGUAGCUGUGGUGCGGCUUACCAGCAAUAGCAGAGGAACUAUUGUAGGUGGUGGCAGAGAGAGGUGGGCUGCCGUCAAAAUUCAAACUUUUUUCAGAGGAUAUUUGUCCCGGAAGGCACUUCGAGCUUUGAGGGGUCUGGUGAAGUUGCAGGCUCUUGUUAGAGGCUAUCUUGUCCGAAAACGUGCUGCUGCUACCCUUCAUAGCAUGCAAGCCUUAAUCAGAGCUCAAACUGCAGCGAGAUCGCAACGUUGUAAGCGUUCCCUCAGCAAAGAGAAGAGGUUUCAUCAACCCGAAUUUCGACCCCCGAAAUCUGUUGAGAGAUUUGAUGAUUUGAGAAGCGAGAUACACAGCAACAGGCUAUCUGCUGCUUCAAUUGAAGCGAAGGCCUACGAUGAUAGCCCUAAAAUUGUUGAGAUUGACACAUUCAAACCUAGGUCGAGAUCUCGAAGAAUGAACAUUGCGCUAUCUGAGUGUGGUGAUGACUUCCAUUACCAUGGCAUGUCAUUGCCUUUCUCAGCUCGGAUAUCAGUACCAAAUUACCAAAACAUUCAAGACUUUGAGUGGUGCAUCAAUGGAGAUGAAUGCAAGUUAUCUACGGCGCAAAGCACUCCACGAUUUGCUUGCUCUGCACAUCCAAUGGCCCCUCCUACCCCGGCCAAGAGUGUUUGCGGGGAAGGAUGCUUCAGAACAUUCUCAAACAACCCUAAUUAUAUGGCGAACACACAGUCUUUCAAGGCAAAGUUGAGAUCUCACAGUGCACCGAAGCAGAGGCCGGAGCCAGGAUCAAAGAAGAGGAUAUCUCUGAAUGAAAUCAUGGCAUCAAGAAACAGCAUCAGUGGUGUUAGAAUGCAGCGGUCUUCUUGUUCUCAAGCUCAACAGGUUGUGCAUUUUUGAGGGAGCAUUCAGAUAGGAGAUAGGAGAUUGAGUUUAUUGUUCACAACAGAA